AUGAGCCAUCUUCAUCAUCGACACGAACGUUCUGCUGGAGAAGAGAAACUCUCGUCAUCAUCUUCCGUUAUUGGUACUCAAAAGCCUGGGAAAGUGACCACCACAUCAUCUUCACAUUCGGAAUUCAAAACAAUCAAACAAAUUGAUGAAAUUGCAAAAGGAAUUAUAUCCGAUAAAAAGAAUACCAACAAUUUACUUAAAUUAACCGAGUUUUUAGAAGAAUCAUUUCCGAGGUCUUCCCGAAAGGAAAGAAGUUUUGUUCUACAAUCAAUAGAGUCCUUACUAGAAGUGUUUACUCACUUCUUUGAUAAGAAAACAUUGAUUCUCAACGUCGGAGAAAAAGAUACUGUGGUUUGUGAUGUGAGUAAGGAAAAAGCAAUACAAAAAAAGGAAUAUAUGAAAUGGAUUUAUGAACAAUACACCACGUUCGCCAAAUAUCUUCCAUUAUUUACGAUUCAUUAUUUCACCAAGUUUGAUGAGAAUGAGGAAGAAAUUCAAAAAUGUGUGGAUGCAAUUCUUACUUUGACCAAAUUAGAAUUAAAUUCUGCCAAUGAUUCUGCUUUUGUUGAAAUGGACAGAGAACGAAAUAGAAUCAAUACUAUUGUUUGUGAAGGUCCAUAUGGCUCGUUAAUUUAUCACUUAUCUAUUGAUGCCAAUCAAAGCGAAGGAAAGACAUUUAUCAUUGAUUAUCUCAAAGACAAGUAUAUUGACAGAUAUCAUGAUUUAAGGUAUUUCACCUAUGUUGCUUUAGCACUCUCCAUUAGAAAGUUGCGCUCCAAGAAAAAGAAGGCAAUUACAUUUCCUCAGUUUUGUGAAAAUAUUCUCUCAAUCAUUGAUGAUAUUCCUCCCAUCGAAGAUAUUGACAGAUUGUUUUUGUAUGAUGGGUUUGAUUAUUCAACUGACGAGGAGGACAUGGAAGAAGAUGGAAACGAAGAAGAUGGCAUGAGUGAUCAUGGGGAUUUUUCAGAUGAUUUUAUGGGUAAUGAGGAUGGAAUGAUUCCUUCUGAAGACAACAUGAUGAUGGAUCCUACUCUUGGCGACUUGAAUUCUUUAACUUUACCAAGUUCAUCAGAAAAGAACAAUAACGAUGAGGAUGAAAUGAAAGAUGAACAACACAAGAAAGAAAAUAGCUUAUUGGAUCGGUCCAUUCACAUUGCUGCAUUUACCAACUUUUGGCUUGCUUUUUUACAACUUCCAGAAAUGACAAAAUCUAUUUAUGAGAAAAUUUUAAGGAAAAUGAGUGAAGAAAUUAUUCCUCAAUUCGAAGAUCCAUUCUUACUCAACGAUUUUAUCUCUAAUUCUUUUGACCAGGGUGGAUUGGUAGCUCUCUUGUCGGUUAAAAGUUUAUUUAUUUUAAUUUCAGAGUAUAAUUUAGUAUUUGACCAAUUCUAUCAGAAAUUAUAUUCCAUUAUAGACCUGGAUCUUUUCACAAUGGAUGACAGAGAAGAAUUUUUUGAGCUGUUCGACACAUUCAUGAAAUCGACCCAUUUGCCAGAAUACAUUGUAGCUUCAUUUGUCAAGAAAUUUGCCAGAAUUUCUCUGUUUGCUCCUGCCUAUGCCUGUACCUACAUUUUGGCUGUUAUUUAUAAUCUCAUUUCUAGACAUCCACAAAUUAGCUUUUUGGUUCAACACGACGAAAUUGAACCCAAGUAUCUUUCAAGACUCCAAAAAAAAGCUCUGAAAGAGCAACACCCAACUGAAGAAAAAGCUCCGAAAAAAGAUCCUUUUGACUUUCAUGAGAAAGAUCCAAAACUCUGUAAAGCAAUGCAGAGCCAAUUAUGGGAGAUUGAAACAUUGAUUUAUCACUCCAAUGCAGAAGUUUCCAAAAUGGCCAGAGACAUCAAGAGACAUUUCGCGGAAGGAUUUCCUCAAUAUGAUAUCAAAAAGUUUACAUCAACCAGCACUGAAGAUAUGUUCAAGAUGCUUGCAGAGAAGAAAAGGUUUGUCAAGCUCACUAAUGUAGAUGCUCCAAAUGGACUAUUUGCAAAUGACAAGAACUCUGUUUACUCAAUUUUUGAUUUUUAA